CGCGCUGCUCCCCUCAUCGGCAUGAGACCGGGAAGGGUUUUUUUCUCUUAGGAAAAUAAUGUAUUGUUUCAUUUGCGUUCACUCUGAGGAACAGCUAUAAAUAUAACUUAGGGAGAGAUGUGUGGCUUCGUGUGACUGUGCCAGUGAAUAAUAAAGUUGCCUGUGUGCACGGCAUAUGCACGUACAGCUACCGGGGUGGCCGUGGGCCGAGGGGCAGGGGUGGGCACCUGCCUGUAAACCUCCGCAACUUCCCUCCCCGCCCCUUGCCACCCUGACUUUGGUCGCUUUCAAGUAGCUUCUUCAUUUUUACAGCUCCCCAUGUUUCCUUAGUGUCUUCUUGCUCUGGGCUGGGUCUUGCUCAGCUUUUUCCCCUGCUCCAUGUGGGCAAUCGUCCCAGACAGUUUACAGGGAAGAAUGCAGCUGGAGAUCCGUUUUCCAAGCACUCGGGUGCAAAUGGGACUGAAGGGGAUGUGUUGGUUCUCCUACUGCCUGUGGAGCUUUUCGGGCUCCAGACCUGCCCCUCCCUCCCUUGCCUUCCACCUUUCCUACUCCCAGCAUGGCUGAUCCUGCUGCUGGUGGUCCAACAUCCUCCAGAUAGCUGCAAAGGGUCUUCUGCAUACUGGGUUUGGGUGAAAGGAGUUCAAGAGGAAGCCAUGAGCAAACUGCCAGAGAAACUCUGCCUUUGCUCCCUGUUAGCAAGGUCAGCAUCCCCACCAGGGCACGAAUGGGCAGGCAGGUUUAUGUGGUGCUGGCAGGGUCCUUCGGAUAUUCCUGGUGCCACCUUCAGCCCGCAGGGCCCUCUCUUCUGGGCCAAACACCUGGAGUCAAGCAAAUCCCUCUGCCAAGAACCUGGAGAUCCUGUCCCCACUGCCCCAUCUGGACUCCAUCCAUGGCAAAGUGAACAGAGGAUCUGAGGCCUCUACCUUUUCCCAUUCCUCUUUGUGGGGGGUUGUACUGUGAAGGGCAAACAGUGACAGCACACACGGGGGAUGCAUGGUGAAGGUGAUGUGGCUCCAAGACUACCCUCUACCCCUGCUCUGUGCUCUCCUUGGCUUCUCAGGAGGAGGCAUCCACAGGGGGUGGGAGGUGUGGAGAUGAGCUUAGGGUCUGGGGCCACCCAGAGCCUGGGAGACGACAGGUGGGUGCAUGGGGAACACAUCUUGAUGGAGACAUGCAAAUACACCCCUUCUCCAUUCACCAUCAGAAGUGGCACGCACAGAAACCUGAGACACCCUGGCAUGUGACUACCCCUGUUUGUGGCCACUGACAAUAAUAAUAAGUACAGGGGAAAUAUGUGCCUUAGGAUGGAAACAUGAGUCUGGUGGGGACAGGGGGUGGUGGGGAAGAGGAGGGAUGGUGAGGAAUGACCACAGACAGGAGUAGCUGGAGAGGGCUGGUCCGGAGGGAAGUGGGGCUCCCACUGCUCCACCUUUCUCCUCUUCCAUCUCUCCUCCCAUUCGGGUGCCAAGAUCAAGUGCCCCAAUGUGUGGUGCUGACAGGGGACUGGCAGUGGUCCUUGCCCCUUGCAGCCCCCCACCGUGAUUUUCAAGGAAAGCCAGAAAGUGAGGAGGUGGCUGGGGAAGGAUGGAGUUGUCUGGCAGGAUGGAUCCUCACUGGUCCCUCUGGCCACUUGGCCACCUCAAGCUCAGCUACUGGCCACCACCCUGGGAACGGCUGCAUUUCUGGGGUGGUAUCACUGAUGGGAGGGUGGCAGCAAUGGGGAGGAGGACAUGGUGAUGGAUACCUGUGCCCGCCGUGUGCUGACAUCAGUGCAGACCAUAAGCAGAGCAGUUAAUGGCAAUCUGCCCUCAGCAUGUUCCCCUGUCCUGUCUCAUUAUUGCACUAGGUUGGCUUAACCCGACAGUGCAGCCAGGAAUCAAUAGAUGGAUGCUGGCGUCUUAGCAAUCGAUCCCUUACUCAUACACGCGGCUCCCAGCCUCCCGCUGGCGCUCGUUUUUCUGUGAAUGGCAAGGACUGAGCGAAGCUGUCUGCGCUUGCCUCGCAGCACUGCGAAACUGAGUCAGGCUAAAUUCAUGCUCCUUCACAGCACUGCCUCUGUGCCCCAGGGUGGAGGGGCCUCACAUGGAGCCCCGGGAGGCACCGGCGCUGGUUUUCCUCCCCAAACAAGGUGUGUGCCAGGAGCACUUGCAAUGGCAGUGCCAGUCCCAGCUCACCAGAGGUGAAACCCGGAGCCACCUCAUCCCAUGUGACUGCUGCUGCAUGAGUUCCUGUGCCAUUCCAGCUCCCGUGGCCCCCUGACAUCUGAUGAUACAGUGAGCCAUGGGCAGCGUCCGAGUCAACAGAUACAGCAUCGUCUCAACUGAAGAGGAUGGACACAAGGUCUCUGCACUGGGCAGCAUCAACGGGCACAGCCGGAAUGGGAAGGGCCACGCUCCCCAGCGGAAGCACCGCAACCGUUUUGUGAAGAAGAAUGGCCAGUGCAACGUCUACUUUGCCAACCUGAGCAACAAGUCUCAGCGCUACAUGGCCGACAUCUUCACCACCUGUGUGGACACACGCUGGCGGUACAUGCUCAUGAUCUUCUCGGCUGCCUUCCUGGUCUCCUGGCUCUUCUUUGGCUUCCUCUUCUGGUGCAUCGCUUUCUUCCAUGGUGACCUCAAUGCACCAUCUGUGGGAGGUGGUCCCUCUCUCCUAAAGCCCUGCAUCAUGCACGUGAACAGCUUCCUGGGGGCUUUUCUUUUCUCGGUGGAGACACAGACAACCAUUGGGUAUGGCUUCCGCUGCGUGACUGAGGAGUGCCCGCUGGCUAUCAUGGCAGUUGUGGUCCAGUCCAUCGUGGGCUGUGUUAUCGACUCCUUCAUGAUUGGCACUAUCAUGGCCAAGAUGGCAAGGCCCAAGAAGCGGGCCCAGACCCUUCUCUUCAGUCAUCAUGCAGUCAUCUCCGUGCGAGAUGGCAAACUGUGCCUCAUGUGGAGGGUGGGCAACCUGAGGAGGAGUCACAUCGUGGAGGCCCAUGUCCGAGCCCAGCUCAUCAAGCCCUACAUGACAGAGGAAGGGGAAUACCUCCCCCUGGACCAGCGGGACCUAAAUGUGGGCUAUGAUGUGGGUCUUGAUCGUAUAUUUUUGGUCUCACCCAUUAUUAUCGUUCACGAGAUUGAUGAGGAGAGCCCACUCUAUGGGAUUGGCAAGGAGGAGCUGGAGACAGAGAACUUUGAGAUUGUGGUUAUUCUGGAGGGGAUGGUGGAAGCCACAGCCAUGACCACACAGGCACGAAGCUCUUAUCUUGCUAGUGAAAUCCUUUGGGGUCAUCGUUUUGAACCAGUUGUGUUUGAGGAGAAGAACCACUACAAAGUGGAUUAUUCACGCUUUCACAAGACCUAUGAGGUAGCUGGCACACCUCGCUGCUCAGCCCGGGAGCUACAAGAAAGUAAGAUGACUAUCCUACCUUCUCCCCCACCUCCCAGUGCCUUUUGCUAUGAGAAUGAGCUGGCACUUGUCAGUCAAGAUGAAGAUGAAGAUGAUGACGAAGUGGGUGUGGUGUUAGGGAGCAGCACCAAGGAGGAGGGAGGUAUCAUCCAGAUGAUGGAUUUUGGAAGCCACCUGGACCUGGAGCGGCUCCAGGCAACUCUGCCUCUAGAUACAAUCUCAUACCGCAGGGAGUCAGCCAUCUAAUUCCUCCAGUCUCCCCAUUCCAUUCCUAUUGCCCACAGUCUCCUCCGUUCUGCACCCGUACACUGGAUAAGUUCCUUGACCACCAAACGAUGUCUCCCAUGACUGCCUCUCAGCCCCUGAGUACAUCGAGGCCUGGAGCUGCUCUGAUAUACUCCCUUUCCUAUGAAGUCAUACUGCUUGGAAGAGGAGUGAGGAUACACUACUCUUCCCAGGUAUGCAGUUUAUACUAGGAUCCCUUUCCUGCCCAGAGACAGGAGAGCAGCAGGCCUGAUUUCUUGUCUCUGGAGAGGUGACAGGAGUCCCUGCCUUCAAAGGACAGACUGGGACCUGCAGCAAGUGCAUCUGCUGCUGAAGCAACAGCAGACUUUCUGUCCCCUCUCAGUACGGGUAGGCCCAAUGGCUGUCAGGGGUCAUGGCCAUCUCUAGGAGAGGAGCAAUUCCUAAGCACUGACCAGAUGAGGAUGGAAGGGAGAGUUCAGGACUCCUGGAGGGAGUGGGGAAGGAUCUCAAGGGACAAGUUUACUUGCAUGUUUGUUGCUUGUUGCACACGACUGUCUCUUUGUAUAUAAAACAGAAGAAGAAAUGAAAUCCGUAUUCUUCCACUGCAAAUGUGAAGGUAGGAGACAAGGACAUACUACAUAGCCUACUCUUGGCUUUUGGUAUCUGCCACCUCCAGAAGCAGCUCAGCUCCACGGACUCAGACCCAGUUCUCCCGGUCCUCUUGAAAAACACAUCCUGCUCCUCUCCUGAAACGCCUGGUGGAGGAGGCAGGGCCCAGUUCUUGCCACACUCAGACUGCUCCCUGGCAUGGCACAGCUAGGAUGACAGACAAAUGACCUGACUGAACAGCAGACCCUCCACUUGCUCCUUUCACCUCCUUCAUUCUUCUCCCUGCUGCCAUCAGCUGUAAAACUGAAUUUGUAACUAUUUAUUUUUAAUAAAGUCUAAUAUCCCAAGGGGAGGUUUGGAAGCAAAGGACAAAC